AUGACUCAAACAAAGGAUAAACUAGCGAGAACCAUUCACGAUAUCGUUCGCGAGAACAAUGUAAAAGAUCUCGAAUUGAUUGUCGGUCGUGGUGCAAGUGUGAAUGACAUCGACAUACAAAAUGAUGAUAAAUUCACGCCAUUACAUUGGGCUUCUCAUGCAGGAAGUCUAGAAUGCAUGCAUUGGCUUCUAUGGCAAUCAGCAAAUAUGGAUGCACCAACGCCGAAAGGUUGGACACCUGCUCAUAUUGCUGCUAUUCGAGGACAUGAUGCAUGUGUACAGGCAUUAAUUAAUAAUAAUGUGAAUAUAAAUACACGUGAUCGUCGUAAUCAAACUUGUUUACAUAUGGCUUGUUCGCAUGGAAACUCUUUUGUUGUUCAUACUCUACUACGUGGAGGAGCAGAUUUGAAUUAUCAAGAUGUCAAUGGAUGGACACCUGUUUUCACUGCUGCAUAUCAUGGAAGACUUGGAUGUUUACAGAUGCUCGUUAAAUGGGGUGCUAAGUUAAGUGAUGUUGACAACGAAGGAAAUACGCCUGCACAUCUUGCGGCUAUGGAAGGUCAUUUGCCGUGCUUGAAAUUUAUUAUUUCAGUAACACGAGAUAUACCUGCUUUACUCGGUGCUCGAAAUGAUCAAGGUGAUACACCCAAGUCAUUAGCUGAACAAUUUUUCAAAGAAAGCUGCUGUAAAUAUUUGGACGCACUCGAAUGGGAGCAGGAUCAUCCUGAACAAGCUGAAAAUUUAGCUUUUCCGGCUCACGUUGCUGCAUACAACGGAGAUUUGGAACAUGUCAAGUUGUUGAUUGAACAAGGCGUUGUCAAUAUAAACGAGCGCGAUGAACAUGGUGCAACAUUAGCACAUAAGGCAGCAGGCCAAGGUCAUUUAGAAAUUCUUCAAUGGUUGAUUGAGAACGGUGCAACGAUUGAUUUAACAUCUGAGAGUGGCGAAACACCUAAAGACGUAGCACGACGUUACGGUCAACUCGCUUGUUUGAAGAUCUUAGGCGGAGGAGCUGAAAAAGGUGAUGGGACUCAACAUGGUCAUGCAAAUGAUUCGAAACGAUCAAGUGAACAUAAGAGAUUAACACCGAAAGAAGAAGAACGUCGUCGUGCUAAAACCAAACUUGAUGAUCUACUCAAGCAAAUCGAUAUUGCGAAGAAGAAUUUUCGACAAUUAGGUGGACAUCUGGACGAAGAUGAACAACGUGAAGCAUUGGAAAAAGAAACCCACAAGAAAUUUCAUGACUAUGAUAGACAAUUAGAAUAUGUCCGAGUCGAAAGAGAAAAGCUUCAAGCCGAGCUAGAUGAAUGUCGAAAGGAAAUUAUUCAUUUAACUAAUAUCUUACGUUCAUAUGAAGAUAGAACUGUCUAUGUUCAACAAAGACCACCUAGUAGAACACGUUCGCACAAAACGAAGAAAACAUCGUCGGUCGUGAAUAAACCAAGACGUGUUGAAAAACAAACAGGAGUUGUAUUUGUACGUAGAAAUUCAUUGAAUUCGUGA